CAGCCAUCAGUUUCUAUUUCUCCUCCCAUCUCUCUGUAAAUAAAGGCUGCUGCGUCCAAACAGAAAGUAUUCAUUUGGUGAGCUCCAGCAGUGACACAGGAUGCUACUGAUCAUCACAAUCAUCUGUUUGGCUUUCAAAGCCCAAGCCUCUGAGAUAAUCUUUGAUGGGGGAAACACAGCCAAGUAUGGAGAGGAAGCAAUCUUCACCUGUACACUCCCAGACCCUAAAGGUGUAUUGCAGGUCACUUGGCAGCGGGGCCUUAAACCUGAGUCAUUGGAAAACCUAGCAACAUAUAGCAACCGUUUUGGGAAGCAAGUAAAUGAACCUUUUAAUGAGAAAGUGAGCUUCAGAGAAUCAACUCUAAACAUGUCAUCCAUUAUCCUGAAGAACAUAACCUGGGAAGAUGAGAACUGUUAUGUUUGUUCGUUCAAUGCCUAUCCCGAUGGGUCCAAAAGGAAGCAAAUGUGCCUAACUGUGACAGGAGUAUUGGAGUUCACAUCCGCACAACAGUCAAGCGUCCUUCGUGAACAGAAAAUAAGAAAGGAACUGCUCAGCUGUUCUGCCACUGGGAAACCUGCACCGACAAUUACCUGGGAGAUCCCCAUCAACAUCUCCAAAAAUGCCGUCCCACAGAAAACUACGGACAGGAAGAGUGAUGGGACUUUUAUCCACAAUACCAGCAUUGCAGUGGACAUACCUGCAAUCUGGACAGGACAUAUAGACUGUGUGCUAAAUAAAGGACAGCCAGGGGAACAGCGGAAAACAUUUGAUUUCUCUUCAAUAGAGCAGGAGGAAGGUAAUCAGUCACAGAUUAUUCUCAUCAUCGCAGUUCUACUUAUCAUUAUCUGCAUUGCUGUUGUUAUAGUUUUGAUCGUUCACAAAAGGAGUUCAAAGAGAAGAAGCAACAAUGAUCAAACUAUAGUUUGAUCCGCUUUAAGGAGCAGAGCAUUCCAGCAUUACAUCAGCCUCUGGGACUGUUGCACCAGUAAUGUGAAUAAGCUAAGAGCAGCUGCUUUCCUUCCAGAGCCACCGGAGUUUGGACAAUACACUGAAUUUAACCUGCAUUAGAUCACAUUUCUCUCAAACUGCAUCACUUUGCACUUUAACUUGGAGCUUGUCUACUUGUUUUGAUGAAUGUAAAAAUGACAGCGUGAAUAUGAUACUAUGACAGAGGCUGUGAGGGAGGAAUAAUGCAACAGUCAGGAUUGACAUUAAGAAGCUCACGCUUUAAUGCAAACUGAGCCUUUAUUGCCAUCUAGUGUCCUAUUUUAUUUCUGCAUAAAACUCCUACAAAAUGUUUUACCUCAGUUCAGUAGAACAGUUUUGUUCUUAAAUUUGUUUUUUGUUUUUUCAAGAUAGUUGUAGGUUUUUCUAUCCUCUUGCAUUUUGUACAUUGUUUAUAGUGGUUAAAAUGUUAUUUAUUGUGUGCGAAAAGAAUGAAAAACUAUUAGAACUGUACCGUACUUAUAAAAGAUGGUGUUGUCCCUGAUAAAUCAUAUUUAUGUUGAUGUCAUUUUAUUAUUUAUUCUUUAAAAAAUAUUUAUUGACAAUUGGUUUAAAUAAAAUAUGUCAAGUUUUAGAAAUGAUCAAACUUGUGA